AUGGAUAUAACUAACCAGAACCACAGUAUAGAUACACCAAUGCCUGAUACGAGGCCAGAUAUUGAGUUUGGAUUUGGUUAUAAUGCUGGAACCACUCGUGGCGGGCCAUCCUUGGCUUCCAUGCAGAUACAACAAGGUACCAACACACACCAUCAGAUAAAUAAUGAUAUAUCCUUCAAUAUUGGGAAUAAUGACACUAACAGUAAUGACACUAAUGAAAACAUUCACGUUGAUAGCUUAAGAAAUAAUGGUAAUAUUCAAAGAUUUACAGCAGGGGAUAGACUGCCGAACACUAUUGGUAAUCAGAGUGUCGCGAUGGCUCGAAGCAUUCCAGGAAGCAUCGAGAGUCGCAAUGGCUUUCCACAAGAUGGCGAAGCUCUCAUGGAUAUGAGUAACGUGGAAAGCAUAGACUAUAACGCGCCAGCAAAGAUAUUUGCAGAUAUGGAUAUUAAUAGAUUAUUCUACGAUCCAAAUUUGUCGAGCUUACAGGCAGAAGAUAUCAUAAAGCUCCAUAAUUUCAAGGAGGUUGUUCAUCGCAAAAUUGAAAACUUUAUCGAAGUGAUACAGAAACGGAGAGAGAGAAUAUUAAAAGAGAUAGAAUUAGGAAACCAAAGAUUGGAGGGAGUUGAUCUUGAGACUUCUGUUAGUGCUAUGACAUAUCUAAAUAAGCUUCAGAGAAUAAGGAUAAGCGCGCUAAAAUCUGAAACUAUGGAGCUCCAAAACUUAAGAAUCCAAAUUGUAAGUAUCGUCGACGAAUAUAAGAAAGCAAUGGCAGAGUAUAGUAAACUGAAUCAAGAGGGUAGAAAUGCCGUGAACCCUACUCCAUAUUUCCAAAGAUGGAUAAAAUCAUUAAACCCAGAAGAUAUAUCAGGUCUUAACAAAGAAUUGAUUGAAUUACAGAUGUACUCCAAACAACUGUCAGAUAUACCAGAGCUGGCUUCAAUAGAGUAUCAGGUUAGUACUCCACAAACCUCACAAUUUCCUCUCCGUUCUUUACCAUCUGAGAUACUGCAUCUUGUACUUGAUAAAAUAACACAGAAAGCUGAUAUUGUGAAUUUGUUAAGAGUCUGUAAGCUAUGGGCUCUUAUCAUAGUGAAAAUAUUGUACUACCGCCCACAUAUUAACAGAAAGCACCAGUUAGAUUUAUUUAUGCGAACAAUGAAGUUAACUAAGGAUGAGACAGUGUUUGAUUACCGAUCAAUGAUUAAAAGACUGAAUUUUUCCUUUGUUGGAGAUCAUCUGCAUGAUGAAGAACUUUACAACUUCGUUGGUUGUCGAAAUUUGGAACGAUUGACAUUAGUAUUUUGUAAGCAUAUUACAAGUGACCCGGUGGCAGCGGUUUUAAAGGGAUGCAAAUACCUACAGAGUGUUGAUAUUACUGGUAUCAAAGAAAUUUAUGAUAAUGUGUUUGAUACAUUGGCUGAGAGUUGCAAAAGGGUACAGGGAUUUUAUGUACCCCAGGCUAAGCUUGUAUCAUAUAAUGCAUUAACAAAUUUUGUUUCCAAUGCACCAAUGUUAAAAAGAAUCAAAGUUACUGCCAAUGCUAACGUGAAUGACGAAUUUUUAGAUCUUCUGGCUGAAAAAUGUCCACUUUUGGUUGAAGUGGAUAUAACACUCAGUGCAAAUGUGCAUGAUAGUAGUUUGACAAAGCUAUUUAUGAAGUUGACGCAGCUUCGUGAAUUUAGAAUUACUCAUAAUGCAAAUGUGACUGACAAAUUCUUUCUAGAUCUUUCAAAGAAUGUUAACCAACUUCCAUCAUUAAGGUUACUCGAUUUAUCUGGUUGUGAAAAUAUCACGGAUAAGACUAUUGAUAGGGUAGUUCAAUUAUCUCCAAAAUUAAGAAACAUAUUCUUAGGAAAAUGUAGUAGAAUCACAGAUUUAUCCUUAUUUCAUUUAUCUACGCUUGGAAAGAAUCUACAAACUGUGCAUUUUGGGCACUGCUUCAAUAUAACUGAUCGGGGUGUUAGGGCUCUAAUAAAAUCAUGUCCACGUAUUCAGUAUGUUGAUUUUGCCUGUUGUACUAAUCUGACAAAUCAUACAUUAUAUGAGCUAUCUUAUCUAAGCAGACUCAAAAGAAUUGGCCUAGUAAAAUGUUCACAGAUGACAGAUGACGGUCUUUUAAAUAUGAUUGCCUUAAGAGGAAGGAAUGAUAGUUUGGAAAGGGUACAUUUUUCAUAUUGUUCAAACUUAACAAUAUACCCCAUUUAUGAGCUUCUAAUGGCCUGUCCAAGGUUAUCACAUUUAUCAUUGACUGCUGUACCUUCAUUUCUUCGUCCAGAUAUAACAGCUUUUUGUAGGCCAGCCCCAUCUGACUUCAGUGAUAACCAGAGACAAAUCUUCUGUGUGUUUUCAGGGAAAGGUGUUCAUAAACUCCGUCAUUACUUAAUGAGCCUGACAACACCAACAGAUGGCCCUCAAAUUGAUGUUGGUGAUACAUUGGAGCAAUAUGUUAUUUCAAAGCAUUUGCUCCGUCCUGGUGAGUAUUUAAACGAUGGUAUAAGAAGGAUUACCAGCGAGCUAAAUCAGGAUUCCGCUGCGAUUUUGGCAGCAACUGGGUUAAAUCAGAUGAAUGGUAUGAAUAGUGACUUUCCCUUUCAGAAUAUUGACUUUGAAAGACUGGAUGAGGUGUUUAACUGGAUUAAUAUGUCAAUGGAUGGUCAUUCACUAAACUCUGAUGAACUAAAUGACUUGAUAUCUGAAGUUGAUAGAGAUUUUUGCGAUGAUCCCUUUGAUGAAGACUACAAUAGCAGGGAUUCUAUUGUGGCACCUGGGGCAAAUACAGGCUUGAAUAGCGAACUUUGUCAUAUUGUUAAAAAGUUUCACAGGUUAGAUGAUCAAAUUUGUGACUUCGAGGUUAACGUAUCAAGUCUGGCUAGGGUACAGUUUCAAUUCACAGGAUUUCUACUACAUGAAAUGGCACAAGCGUAUAUGAAUAUGGUUGAAAUAAACAGACAGAUUUGGCACAUCCAGAAGACUACAUUGGAAGCUGGUGUUGAAAGUGAUAUUAAGGCUUUAUUGGUAUGGAGGAUAUUGUUUAUAGAUAAGUUCACAGCUUUGCUUCACAAAUACCAGAUAUCGACGGUGGUGUUAAGACUCUAUUUGAAAGACAGUAUAACCUUAUUGACUAGACAAAGGGAGUUAUUUUUAGCUCAUCAAAGGACACCUUGGAAUCCUACAAUUGUUGAAGAAGCACCUGAUUCAAACUAUUGGCAAUUAGUUGGAGACCGCAUACAACUUCUUCCUGAGCAAAUGAGGGUCAUGCCCUUCGGUUUGAGAAAUCCAGCCAUUGCAAACAAUGCACAGCAGAACGCAGCUGAAGCCCAAAAUGAUGACCGCUCGGAGACACCUGAAGAUGAUGUAGCAAUAGAAGACUUUUAA